GUUCAAGUUGUUCUAGGGUCGAUUUGGGGGUGAUUGUUCAGUUUAUCAGCCAAAUUCCACAAUGGUCAUUCCCGAUCACAACAACCCUAACCUAAUCAAACCCACAAAUUUCCAAGAAAUGGGAACCAGGAAGUUUGGGAACAACAGAAGAGCUUUAAGCGUGAUAAAUCAGAGUCUUGUGGAGGGUCGAGCGUAUCCUUGCGUCGUUAACAAGAGGGGCUUGCCUGAUAAACAUGAAAUUUCCGAAAAGAAGCAGGCGGAUCCAGUGCAUCGACCGAUCACCAGGAGAUUUGCGGCUCAAAUUGCUAGCACGCAACAGUCUCACGCUGAGGAAAAUAAGAAGCCACAUACGUUAAUUUCAAACGGGAAUGAAUUUGGAGAUAUCAUCUUCAUAGACGAGGAACACAAGUCGCCAUCAGAUCAGCCAGUGCCUAUGUCGUUAGAGCAAACAGAAUCAACACAUGAUAAAGUGGAUCAGAUGGAAGAAGUUGAGAUGGAAGACAUAAUUGAAGAGCCUAUUGGGGACAUCGAUUCUGGUGACGCCAAAAAUCCCCUUGCUGUGGUAGAUUAUGUUGAAGAACUUCAUGACUACUAUAGAAAAAUGGAGAAUAUUAGCUGUGUCACACCUAAUUAUAUGGCACAGCAAGAUGACAUUAAUGAAAGGAUGAGGGCUAUACUGAUUGACUGGCUUAUUGAGGUUCACGAUAAAUUUGACCUCAUGCCUGAGACUUUGUUCCUUACCGUUAAUAUCAUAGAUAGGUUUUUGGCAAAGCAGAACGUGAUAAGAAAGAAACUUCAGCUGGUUGGCUUGGUUGCGAUGCUUUUGGCAUGCAAGUAUGAGGAAGUUUCUGUGCCUGUAGUAGGGGAUCUGAUCCUUAUAUCAGACAAAGCUUACACAAGGAAGGAAGUUCUAGAAAUGGAAAAGUUGAUUCUGAACACAUUGCAGUUUAACGUGUCGGUGCCAACACCAUAUGUUUUUAUGAGGAGGUUCCUGAAGGCAGCUGAAGCAGAUAAGAAACUUGAGCUAGCAGCUUUCUUCUUGAUAGAGCUUUCUCUCGUGGAAUAUGAGAUGUUGAAGUUUCCACCAUCGAUGCUAGCUGCCGCUGCAGUCUAUGCAGCUCAAUGUACUACUUAUGGCUUCAAACAGUGGAGUAAGACAUGUGAAUGGCAUACCAACUUCUCGGAAGAUCAGUUGCUAGAUUGCGCAAGGAUGAUGGUUGAUUUCCACCAGAAGGCAGGGACAGGGAAGCUUACAGGGGUACAUAGGAAGUACUGCUCAUCGAAGUUCAGCUACACCGCAAAAUGUGAACCGGCAAGUUUUCUCCUGGAGAACCAAUUUUAGCAGGGCCAUCUAUAGUUACUAACGACAAUACAUGACUUUCAUUCAUAGUUGGGGGGCUGAUUGGGUAACCAAAAAUCACAUAACAGCAACUUUGGUUGCAGAGGGGAAUGGGAAAUUUAUCUCUAUCUCUAGAGAUAUCUGGUGUCUUAACUUCCUUAAGUUCCCCUUCUCUGUUUCUCAUAUGUUAUUUUUUCGCAGCGUAAACUAUAUCUCUUUUGUUCCCUCAUUGAACAAAAUAAUGGAAAUGAUGGUAUAGAACAAUUUAAUUCAUUGAAGAGGUAA